UGUGUGUGUGUGUCUAUCUGCUCUUUGUCCUGAGCUCACGAUUCCAGAGCUGGCUGGACCCAAGGAGGUGAAGAGUCACUUCUCAUCCCCAGGAAGGGCAAAGAAGAGAGACAAAAUCAGCCUGUCUGCUCCCUGCUUGGCUCAACAAGGCCUCUAACAGUCUUCUGUCCUCUCUUCCGCACACAGCAUAUUUGGGAACGAGAAACAAAACUUUUCCCAAAUGAAGAGAACUCACUUGUUUAUUGUGGGGGUUUAUGUUCUGUCCUCUUGCAGGGCAGAAGAGGGGCUUAAUUUCCCCACAUAUGAUGGGAAGGACCGAGUGGUAAGUCUUUCCGAGAAGAACUUCAAGCAGGUUUUAAAGAAAUAUGACUUGCUUUGCCUCUACUACCAUGAGCCAGUGUCUUCAGAUAAAGUGGCGCAAAAACAGUUCCAACUGAAAGAAAUCGUGCUUGAGCUUGUGGCCCAGGUCCUUGAACAUAAAGCUAUAGGCUUUGUGAUGGUGGAUGCCAAGAAAGAAGCCAAGCUUGCCAAGAAACUGGGUUUUGAUGAAGAAGGAAGCCUGUAUAUUCUUAAGGGUGAUCGCACAAUAGAGUUUGAUGGCGAGUUUGCAGCUGAUGUUUUGGUGGAGUUCCUCUUGGAUCUAAUUGAAGACCCAGUGGAGAUCAUCAGCAGCAAACUGGAAGUCCAAGCCUUCGAACGCAUUGAGGACUACAUCAAACUCAUUGGCUUUUUCAAGAGUGGGGACUCAGAAUACUACAAGGCUUUUGAAGAAGCAGCUGAACACUUCCAGCCUUACAUCAAAUUCUUUGCCACCUUUGACAAAGGGGUUGCAAAGAAAUUAUCUUUGAAGAUGAAUGAGGUUGACUUCUAUGAGCCAUUUAUGGAUGAGCCCAUUGCCAUCCCCAACAAACCUUACACAGAAGAGGAGCUUGUGGAGUUUGUGAAGGAACACCAAAGACCCACUCUACGUCGCCUGCGCCCAGAAGAAAUGUUUGAAACAUGGGAAGAUGAUUUGAAUGGGAUCCACAUUGUGGCCUUUGCAGAGAAGAGUGACCCAGAUGGCUAUGAAUUCCUGGAGAUCCUGAAACAGGUUGCCCGGGACAAUACUGACAACCCCGACCUGAGCAUCCUGUGGAUCGACCCCGACGACUUUCCUCUGCUCGUUGCCUAUUGGGAGAAGACUUUCAAGAUUGACCUAUUCAGGCCACAGAUUGGGGUGGUGAAUGUCACGGAUGCUGACAGUGUCUGGAUGGAGAUUCCAGAUGAUGAUGAUCUUCCAACUGCUGAGGAGCUGGAGGACUGGAUUGAGGAUGUGCUUUCUGGAAAGAUAAACACUGAAGAUGAUGAUGAUGAGGAUGAUGAUGAUGAUAAUUCUGAUGAAGAGGAUAAUGAUGACAGUGAUGAUGAUGAUGAUGAUGAUGAGUAGUCCAACUCCAAACAAUUCUGAUGAAAACAAAAUCACAGCUACCCACUACCAUACAGACAGCACAAGGUGGCAGCAAGCAAUUCUGCCCCACACCCAGCCAGCUCCUUUCACUUUUCCCACUCCCUUUGCAUCAGGAGCAGUAUCAUUCAGCAAAUGCCUUUUCAAAUGCAGCAAUCCCACUUAGCAGGGACAGGAGGAAAAUUAUUCCCAUGUUGACUGUCUUGACUGUCAUGGAACAGAUCUUGUUCUUUGCUGGACCAUCAAGGGUCAUGGCAGUGCCUCAACAUGGCAGUCUGGGGUGAACAAUCCCCUAACACAAGUUUAUUUGUCUUUGAUUAUGACAGUAACAGAAUUGACAGCUUUCUAACUCACAGGUAUAGAGUGACCUUUUAAUCAGAGCCCAGGGAAGACACAUGAUUAAUGAUUUAGCUCCCUCCAUACCUCGAACAUCAGUUGGGAUCCCUCCUCUAGCCAAGAUGAUCCUUCUUAGAGAAGGCUCAGCCUUGGAAGCAAACUUAUAAAUCACAUUCUCAUGGUUCUGUUAAACUUAUUUCAAGUGAUGGUCAUUCAUAUCAUUAUGAACUUGGAUAUUCAAGCCUUUGGAUGGCUAUGGAGAGGCCUUGAAAUGUAUACAGGUGUCACCAUCAUUUCUAGUAUAUUAGGAAACUGGGAUGGGAGGUUGAUUUGCUCUCUAAACUUCCCUCUAGUUGGCAAGUCUCACAUAUUCAUCAGCAGGAGUGGAGGGUGGGGGAAAACUAGAAAGCUGAAAGGUUUUACAUUUUUCUGAUGGGUUCAUGUCUCUGAUUGGGUCAGCUGGCUUCCUAGCCUAAGCUGGGAUCUGAAUACCCCUUCUCUGUAGCUGCUAGUGAGCCUUCCCAUUUAGAUUAAAGAUUGCUUUAUCCAGCAGUCAAUUAACUCUCCAGUUAUCAGUACUCCCACAGUUGGCCAGGGCAACAAUAAGUGGAGUUCAUACUGAUGCCCUGAGGCACUGAAAAAAAAAAAUCCCAAAGUGCCUUCUGAGCUGUCUAAAAGUUACAUUGUGCUUGGUAGUUUAGUGUUAAGUGUGCAGUAUAAUUUUCUAAUUUAUUUUCUCAAUCUUUUAGCACAUGUUUAAGACACUGCAAAGUUUUUGAAAAUAGAGCAAUACUUUUUGUGGAAUACUAGCUAACUAAUUCUGUCAUUAAACUCAUAUUUUGAAAAUAUUCAGACAAUGUCA